AUGGGUUUAUCAGCACAGUCUAUACAGGAACCACGUUGGAAUGAUGAUAUCCACAAAACAUACCUAAAACCGGAAAAUUUAUCACCAGGGUCUGCAUUAGUCACAAUUAGUGCCGAAGGACAGAAUGGUGUUGAAGUUACUCUCACAACCUAUGGCAAAGAAACAGAAAGACGAGUUUAUUUCAACUUUACGACAAAUGGCAUAACAAGUGUUGGCACCGUUUAUCUAAAGGAAGAAAUGGACAGAGAAGAAAAAGGUGAAUGGGAACUGUAUUUUAAAGCUUACGACAGUAAAAUAAGAGUUGAUGAGGUAAGAGAAGUGAAAUUGACUAUAUACAUUACAGACGUAAAUGACAAUGCACCAAAGUUUAUAGAACCUAUGUAUCAGCAAGAUAUACCUGAGAACGAAAACGUGUCUACAGAGGUAUUGAAAGUUGUAGCUACAGAUCCUGAUAAUUCCAUUGGUGGAAUAGUGAGAUAUUCACUUCAGCCAGAAGGUCAAUCAGCUGGUUUGUAUGACAACGCAUUUACUAUUGACGCUCGUUCGGGAAGUGUAACACUAGGAAAAAGAUUAGAAUUUGCAAAACUGAGCUUUUACCAGUACAUCCUUAUUGGAACUGAUGGUGAGGGAUUACAGGGAAAUGCAACAUUGAUUAUUAAGAUACAAGAUGUUCAGAACAAGCCCCCAUACUUUACUGGUCAGCCGUUUAACGCUGAAAUCCCAGAGGAAAGUCCCGUGGGUACUACAGUUAAAUUUGUAUACCCGAUUAGAGCUGACGAUGGUGAUACUAGUGUUCCACAUGACAUAGAAUAUAGGUUUACAGAAGGGGUGUGCAAUGAAUUCUUUGAAAUCAAGUCAAAUGGCAUGCAUGGUAUUGUAACAGUAAAAAAGAGAAUAGACAGAGACCAUGGGGUGAUACAUAACGUUCGUGGCGUGUGUACCAUGACUCUUAUGGCAUUGGAAAAGGUUAAUUCAGGUGAGACCAAUCCUGGACCAUCAAAUGCAACAACACCAGUAGUAAUUACUAUCAUAGAUAUUGAUGAUAGCUUACCCGAGUUUUCACAAUCCUUAUACAAUGCGACUGUGUUUGAAAACUUGACGCAAGUAGCUUUUACCCUGAAAGGUGACGGAAUAAAUGUUUCAGAUGCAGAUCAGGAUGUAAAUAGUCGUCUCCACUUAGAACUCCGAUAUCAUAAUGGUAGUCUAGUACAGGGAAUUAAGCCAGUUCCAGAUACGGUACAAGACAGUGGCAAUAUAAUGUUGUAUCUGCAAGACGAUUUCUCAUUUGAUUUUGAGAAAGUACAAGAAGUAUCUUUCAUGCUUGGUGCUACAGAAGAGAAAGAUCAACCUUAUACCACUCAAUGUAUAGUUUAUCUAACAAUUAUAAACAGAAAUGAUAAUUUUCCACAAUUCACCAAAUCGUCUUUUGCUGUACACAUAGUUGAGAAUUACACAAAUGAACAACCAGUACUCUCAGAAAAGGCUACAGAUAAAGACAGUGGGUACUUCGGUGAAAUAACAUACAGUUUGCAAGACAGUAGAGAUAUAUUUAUAGUAAAUAACCUUACUGGUGUCAUAACAAAAAGAAAAAAUGUAAUAUUGGAUUAUGAGAAAAUAGAUGAAUAUGUUUUGAUAUUGUUGGCGAAAGACGGUGGCGGCAACCUCCAAUCAGCUGAAGUUGUUGUUACACUCGAUGAUGUCAAUGACAACCCGCCAGUAUUUUUACAGUCAUUUUACAAUGGCGUUAUUAAAGAAACUGACAAAAACUUCAAGUUAACUGUUAGUGCAUUUGACAGAGACCAAAGGAAUACAUCAAACAGUAGAGUAGAAUUUGUUUUGAUUGAUUCACCUUUCAACAUGCAAAAUAAUUUUACAAUCACAACAACAUGGCAAAAUGGAGAGUAUCUAGGGAAUAUAUCUCUGACAGAAUCCCUGGACUUUACAAAAAUUAAUAAAACGACAAUCGAAUUACACAUCAAAGCGAAAGAUUUUGGCAGUCCAUCUUUAAGUUCAACCACAACUAUUACACUUAAUAUUCAAAUAAAUCAGGACAAAAACAGAGAAGUGUUUGUGCAAAUGAUAACGGGUUUUUUUCUUCAGGCAAGUGAAACCCCCAAAUAUCACUGCAUGUGUGGGUCUGCUUUGACGUCACUUCUUGCAACAACAAUGACACCUACAUGUAAUGCUACUAGAUAUCCUCCAGGGAAUGAAAUUGCAGAAACAGAAAAAUUCAUGUUCAGAUACGAACCGAAUUCUCAUGUGAUGGUGGCAAUAACACAUCAUGAAUGUUAUGUAUACAGUAUGUCUGAUACAGAGUCAGUUGAUGUACACACUUCUCAAGGUCUCCAUCAACUUGAGACGAAAAUUAUAAGUAUGGUAGACAGCACAACUGCAACAUACGUUACAAUGUCACAUGACGAGCUAACCUCCCUGAGCAAAUCCUCCGCACGUACUUGUAAUCGCGUUGGAUGGACGACACACAAACUAAAUAUAGAUUGA